AUGGAGGUGAAGCAACUGCCCACGACACAGUGGAACGAGCACCUCGACAACUGGCACAACAAGUACUCCGUCUGGGCCGGCAACUGCCGCUCUUGGUACAAGGCGAACAGAAAGGAUGGACGGGUGUAUAUCUGGCCUGGCAGCAUGCUUCAUCUGCUGAAAACGAUGAAGACGCCUAGGUUCGAGGACUUCAAUAUUACCUACAGAAGUGACAAUGUGUGGGAUUUCUUGGGUAAUGGCCGGACUCAGAUUGAGGAACUGGAUGAACGUGGUGCCGAUGUUGAUCUUGCCCCGUUCAUUCGUGAUCAGGAUGUUCCCUGGGCAAUUGAUAAUUUUUCUACUGUAGAAGCAGUUGUGGACUGGGAACACAAGCUUUGA